AUGGAGAAAGUGUUUGAUGUGUGUUUAUAUGAGUCCAGGUGGAGGGACAGAAACAGGAAAGCCAAAGCCUCUCCACGAGCCGGGGGACGGAACGGCAAACCGGCCACCACUGAGGACGAAGAGGAAGAGGAGGAUCAGGGCGAGGCACCGAGGAAGAGGGCUCGUAAGAAGAAAGCCAGUGCCCAGGACAGCGAGGAAGAGGAGGAGGAAGACGACAGAAGCGUCAAGCGGAAGGGCACAAAGGCUGCGGGCAUAAAGAAAAAGGCAGUCAAGGAGGAGAGUGAGGAGGAGGAGGAGGAGGAGGAACGAGGGAAGAAAAAGAAAGGCGGAAAAGUGACUAGCAAGAAGCAGAAAGACGAGCAGAACAAGGAAAAGAAGGGUGAUGCCAAAGGCAAAGGAGGGAAGGACAAAGGGAAUGGGAAAGACAAGAAAAAGAAGAAUGGAAACUCUUCUUCUUCGGGCGAGUCAGGGGACGAGGAUUCUCUGUCGGAGGGGGAGAUGGCUUCUCUGAAGGAGGAGGUGGAGGAGAAGAAGAAGCUGAUAGCCACUCUCAGGAACAAACCGUGGCGCAUGAAGAGGAGGCUCAAACUCCUCAAGGAAUGCCAGGCGUUUGUGGAGAAGUUUGAGGGGGCUCUGGGAAAGGGCAAAGGGAGGAAGCUCUAUGCCUACAAAGUCAUGAUGGCUAAGAAAAUGAUCAAGUUCAACCGUGACUUUGACAAUUUCAAAACAGCCUGUAUUCCGUGGGAAAGAAAGAUAAAAGAGGUUGAGAGUCACUUUGGGUCAUCUGUGGCUUCCUACUUCAUCUUCUUGCGGUGGAUGUACGGUCUAAACCUGGUCCUGUUUGCGUUCAUGUUUGGUCUUGUGGUUCUCCCAGAGGUGAUGAUGGGUCUUCCGUAUGGGUCUAUUCCCAGAAAAACUGUUCCCAGAGCAGAGCAGGACAGAGCCAUGGACAUCUCUGUCCUCCUUGAUUUUGGUGGUUACUGCAAGUACUCUAUUCUCUUCUAUGGUUUCUAUAAUGACGAGCGCACCAUCGGAAUCCUCCAGUUCAGACUGCCUCUCUCCUACCUACUAGUUGGUGUAGGCAUCUUCGGCUACAGCCUGAUGGUGGUCAUUAGAACGAUGGCUCGUAACUCGGAUGAGGGAGGAGACGGUGGGGAUGACGGACAGUUCACCUUCGCAUUUAAGAUGUUCACCAGCUGGGAUUACCUCAUUGGCAACCCAGAGACAGCCGACAACAAGUAUGCCUCCAUCACCACCAGCUUUAAGGAAUCCAUAGUAGACGAACAGGAGAACCAGAAGGAUGAGAACAUCCACUUGCGGAGGUUCCUGCGGGUUCUAGCCAACUUUUUAAUCCUCUGCAGCCUGGGGGGCAGCGGCUUCCUCAUCUAUUUUGUGGUCAGGAGGUCUCAGGAGUUUGCCAACCUCGAUCAGGAUGAGCUUUCCUGGUUUGAAAAGAAUGAGGUGGAGUUUGUGAUGUCACUGCUGGGGCUGGUGUGCCCCCCUCUCUUUGAGACCAUCGCUGAGCUGGAGGAGUACCACCCUCGUAUUGCCCUCAAGUGGCAGCUGGGCCGCAUCUUUGCCCUGUUCCUCGGAAACCUCUACACCUUUCUGUUCGCCCUUUUUGAUGAAGUCAACGCAAAGUUGGAAAAGGAGAAGUCUAUUAGGAAUGCCACUAUCUGGGGUCUGAAUGAGUACUAUUCCAACUAUAGCUCCUACCACAACACUACUGACAUCCCCCCUCCAGACAUCCACCCUGCUGAUGUCAUCAGAGGGCCGUGCUGGGAGACCGCCGUUGGCAUAGAGUUUGUGAAGCUCACCGUCUCUGACAUCCAGGUGACGUAUAUGACCAUCCUGAUUGGUGACUUCCUGCGAGCCAUGAUCGUGCGUUUCCUCAACUACUGCUGGUGCUGGGACCUGGAGGCUGGAUUUCCAUCCUAUGGAGAGUUUGACAUCAGCGGCAACGUGCUUGGAUUAAUCUUCAAUCAAGGAAUGAUUUGGAUGGGUGCGUUCUACGCCCCUGGCUUGGUAGGGUUGAACGUCUUGCGUCUCCUCACCUCCAUGUAUUACCAGUGCUGGGCAGUGAUGAGCUGUAACGUUCCCCAUGAGAGGGUCUUCAAGGCCUCUAAAUCUAACAACUUCUACAUGGGCCUCCUCCUCCUGGUGCUCUUCCUCAGCCUUCUGCCCGUGGUUUACACCAUAAUGACCCUGCCGCCCUCCUUCGACUGUGGCCCCUUCAGCGGAAGGGAGCAAAUGUAUCAUGUCGUCAUGGAGACUAUAGAGAACGACCUACCAGCAUUCAUUGGGAAUAUCUUCACCUACGCAACUAAUCCUGGGCUGAUCUUACCAGCAGUGCUGCUGAUGGUGUUGGCCAUCUACUAUCUGAAUGCGACCUCUAAAAACUAUCAAAAUGCCAACCUGGAACUGAAGAAGAAGAUGCAAAUGGCUAGAGAUGAGGAGAAGAACCGGAGGAACAACAAGGAGAACACCAACCAGGUGAUGCAGGACCUGGAAGACCUUCUGCCCAACCGCUCUCUGCUCCCCCCUGCUGCUGCUGCUGCUGAGGAGGAGGAGAAGCCCCAACCAGAGAAAGUGCACGAGAAGGGAAGCAAAUCUCCCAAAGGGGCAAAACGUCCAGGAGCAGCAGCCAAUGGCAAGGGGGUUAAUCUUCAGAAGGAUGUUUCGUUGGCUACAUCAAACCCCAAAGCAGCUGUGACCCAUCCCCCAGGCCCAAGGGGGCCGUCUGGAAACGCCAGAGGACCACCCCCAGGGCCUGCGAGGGGCAGAGGGAGGGGCACACCUCCCUCUAGACGCUAAAUAGGUGAAAACCAGGGUGCUAGGAUGUCAAUACCACCCUGACAAAUCAGGCUGUAGACAAGCAGGGUUGUGUUCAUUAGGUACCAAACGUAAGAAAACAGACCGAAACGCCAAUAAGAAAAGUCCCUUGUUUUCCAUUGCAAAAAGUUUGCGUUCCAUAUCCUAAUGAACAUGACAAUAUGAAUCUGGCCAAAGAUCUAAAGCCUGUAGGUAGUAUUUGUAACACCCUCACAAUCAUGACAGAACAGCAUCCUAAACCCAUUUAUAAACAAACAUGAUCAGAUAUUCUGUGACCAAUUUAGGGAACGUUUAUUUCUUUUUAUUUGUCUCAGCAGAGAUCUAAACUUCUACUCAUUUAAGUCUGAAAUCGUACGUUAAUAGUUUGUAAGAUAUCCAUUUGUAGUACUUUUUUUUGUGCCAGCACUUUACAU